CUUAAUUAGGCUCUCCGCUCUACACUCUCUUCUGAGCUGAACACUGAAGUAUAGUGCAGUGCAUUACUCUCUUGGUCAGCGAUCUCUCUGACAGCAUGAGGAGUUGCAGUUCCAGCCACUUGUCACUGGCUGCAGCCGUGGUCUUGCUUCUGGUACUGACGGCGGCCAUGGAGGCUGAAGGCAUCCGUCUAGACGCCGAGACCCGGGCUUCAGUCGGCAGUAGCAGCAGCAACCCAGUGCACAAUAAACCAAGCGAUAGUUUGGUCAAGGGUUCUACUACAAGCUCGGUAAGCGAGAGCGAGACGACGAGAAGCGCCGUUGCUGUGAAAGAGGCAGCGGGGCAUGGGUUGCCGGAGUUCCAUGAAGACUACUACGUUCGAACUGCUCACAGUUCUAGGCACCACUGACCAAACACUAAACAGCUAGUUAAGUUAGUCAGUCAGUCAGUCGCACCGGCUGCAAGCUAGCAUUCAUUCGUAGUAGUUGCUAAAGUUUCAUGUAUGCUUUUAGAGAGUGAGCACAUGGUGAUGGUGAUAGGAUAGCAAUAGCAGCUGCCAAGCAAGCUUAUUAGCUCCA